GAACUGGCUCAGUUCAAAACUAGUUCGUCCGAACUGCACAACCCUAGCAAAAGAAAUAACUAAAUAUAAUUAAUUUAUCGCGAAUUGCGAAGCGAGCGGUUAAGAAGCACGUCGUGCCAGUAGCACCACAUCUCCCCGCAGGACUCGCAACACUUUUCCGUAGGCUAGGCAGUUUAUAGAUUUUUGCAAACUUGUGCCGCUGACCAGGAAUAUGUAAACGCAACGCACGGCGCCAGUUCUUAUUGGGAAAAGGACAAUAAGAGAGAGCCCAAACACGAGGAGUCGCCGACCAACAGUGCCUCAAGAAACACCAAGGAAGCGGGGUAGCUCUCAAACUGGACAAGGAGUGCUCCGGAUACCUCACAACUGCCAUAAGCCAACAGCCAAAAGCACCACCCGUGCAGACUGCAGACGACUUGGCUGGAGAGGAUCCGCCCGGUGAACAGCACCACCAUGACGUUCGACACACGCAGGCACACCACCGCACAGUCUGGUACGGGCACUACAGCCACAAGCAGCAGCACCACCACCACAGCAACCACCACAACGAGUCCGGCGCAGAGUGCGGGAACGGGAUUAGGGUUGGGAUCGGGACCUAGCUCAGGAUCACUUACGGGAACUAUCACCACUUCUACCUUGCCAGGUGGAGGAGGAGGAGGAGGAGCGGGUGGCCUGGACAGCAGUCAGGAGCAACAGACGGCGGACAGCAGCCAGAGUUCCGAUGAUGUAGCCGCCUCUUCUUCGGCGGGAAGCGUGGACAGCACCGUCACAUUAGUGCCUCCAGAAAAGCUUAUUUCUUCGUUUCCCACUACGAAGCUGAGAUCGCUGACCCAGAAGAUAUCCAAUCCCCGGUGGGUAGUGCCCGUUCUGCCUGAACAGGAGUUGGAGGUACUUCUGAACGCUGCCAUUGAGCUAACCCAAGCUGGUGUCGAUCACGACUGCGAGCCAUGUGUGGAGUUCUACCGCAACGGCUUGAGCACUUCGUUUGCCAAGAUCCUAACCGACGAGGCCGUAAACUCGUGGAAAUACAACAUCCACCACUGCAUACUCGUGUCUUGUGGCAAGCUGCUGCACUUGAUUGCCAUCCACAUGCAACGCGACAAUCCUUACCUGCUUGACUUGCUGGCCAUCGUUUUCGAUCCGGAAAAUAAGUUUAACACGUUCAAUGCAGCCCGUCAGCCGGAGUGCUUCGCCUCACCGGACUGCAUUUGGGGUCAGUUGGACAGCAACAAGAUGUACGCCCGGCCGCCGGCUGAGCCAAAGAAUGCUCGCGGCUGGCUGGUGGAUCUCAUAAACCGCUUUGGCCAGCUGGGAGGCUUUGACAAUCUGUUGGAGCGGUUUAACAGCGGACUGGAGUUACUGAAGCGCAACCAAAACAAGGCCACCGGCAAGGGAGUGAGUGGCGAGGGCAGUGGGGAAGGAAGCUGUCAAGAUAACCGUCUUACAUUGGCGCUGAUCCACAAUCUCCUGCGACCAUUUGGUCAAUGCUACGAGCUGUUGACGCCGGCUACCAUCGCAAAGUACUUUAUGCCCACCUGGAACGUGGUGUUGGACCUUUUGGACAGCUUCUCAGACGAAGAGCUAAAGCGCGAGGUUAAACCCGAGGGUCGGAAUGACUACAUUAACGGGAUCGUAAAGUCGGCCCGCUUCCUGGCCAGUAGAUUGACGGGUCAGGAGGAGCUGAUCCGCGAUUUGGAGAUGUUCCGACUUAAGAUGAUCCUCCGCCUUCUGCAGGUGUCCAGCUUCAAUGGCAAGAUGAACGCCCUUAAUGAGAUCAACAAAGUGCUCUCCUCGGUGGCAUAUUACUCGCAUCGAUCCCAACCCUUGCCCCACUGUAUGCCCGAAGACGAGAUGGAGUGGCUGACGGCGGAGCGCAUGGCACAGUGGAUCAAGUCGUCGGACGUCCUGGGCAUCGUACUAAAGGACUCGCUGCACCAGCCCCAAUAUGUAGAGAAACUGGAAAAGAUUAUCCGAUUUCUAAUUAAGGAGCAGGCACUGACGCUCGACGACUUGGAUGCUGUUUGGAGAGCUCAGGCCGGCAAGCACGAGGCGAUCGUGAAAAAUGUGCACGAUCUUUUGGCAAAACUGGCUUGGGAUUACCCCGAACAACUUGACCAUCUCUUUGAGGCUUUUCAAGCCAGCAUGACCACGGCCAACAAAAGGCAGCGAGAGAGGCUUCUAGAACUGAUUCGUCGGCUGGCUGAGGACGACAAGAACGGAGUAAUGGCUCAAAAGGUGCUGAAACUUUUCUGGACACUGGCCCACAGCCAGGAGGUCCCGCCGGAGGUGCUCGACCAAGCGCUGGGCGCACAUGUCAAGAUUUUGGACUACAGCUGCUCGCAGGAGCGGGACGCGCAGAAAACCAUUUGGUUGGACAAGUGCGUUGGCGAGCUUAAGUCGGGCGAUGGAUGGGUGUUGCCUGCCCUACGUUUAAUCAGGGAUAUUUGUUGUUUAUAUGACACUACGCCGAAUCAUGCUCCUCGCACUCAAACGGGAACGAACCGCCAGCAGGUGAUCGAGCGGCUGCAGAACGAAUAUUCUUUGGUCAUACUGGUCACUAAUAGCUUGACUGCUUACAUGGAAAGGGUUCGCCAAAUGGUGAGCGAGACACCCGGCCUGGAAGCGGCCACCAUCCUUAUUGACGGAAGGUUUCCUCAUCAUGCCCAAAUCGCGGAGCGUCUGGAGUUUCUCAAGUUCCUUCUGAAAGACGGACAACUGUGGCUUUGUGCAGAUCAGGCAAAGCAGAUAUGGCACUGCUUAGCGGUGAACGCAGUUUUUCCGGCGGAUCGCGAAGAGUGCUUCCGGUGGUUCGGCAAGCUGAUGGGCGAGGAGCCAGACUUGGACCCCGGCAUCAACAAGGACUUCUUCGAGAACAAUAUUCUGCAACUAGACCCGCACCUGCUUACCGAGAGCGGAAUCAAGUGCUUCGAGCGCUUCUUCAAGGCGGUCAACUCCAAAGAGGACAAGCUGAAAGCGAUACACAGGGGAUAUAUUCUGGACAACGAGGACCUUAUAGGGAAGGACUACCUGUGGCGGGUGAUCACCACAGGGGGCGAGGAGAUUGCCGGGAAGGCCAUCGAUCUGCUUAAGGAAGUGUCGACGGCGUUGGGGCCACGGUUGCAGGAAAACAUAGCCGAGUUUCACGAGAUGUUCAUCGGGGAGUGCUGCUCCCGCCUGCGCACCCACUACGGAAACAUUGUGAUUCUGGGCAAGACGCAGCUCCAAGAGGAAUUGGAAGCACCCGACCAGUCGGACAACGCUAACGACGAGUCGAAAGACUCCAAAAUGCGUUUUAUCGAAGCGGAGAAGAUGUGCCGCAUUCUUAAGGUGCUGCAAGAAUACGUUAAGGAGUGCGACCGCUCCUUCAGCGGCGAUCGCGUCCACUUGCCUCUUAGUCGAGUGACGAGGGGAAAAAACAUAAGUCUGUACAUCCGUUUCCAGAACCCAGGUAGGCCUAUCGACGACCUGGAGAUUGUAACACAUAGCAACGAGACGAUGGCUGCUUUCAAGCGGAGUCUGCUGAAGCGCAUCAAGGGCACAUCGACGACCAAUAUAAAGGUUGAUCUCUUCUACACAAAUGGCGAAAUGAUCGAGGUAUCCGACGAGAUAAAUCCGCUUUACCAGUACACAAUCCGAGACAAGAUGAUCCUCACAGCGAAGCUCACACCUGUGGGCACCGGACUGGCUAGCAGUCCUGACUCCUCCAGCGACUCGAGUACCGGCUCUCCCCCGCGACCCUGUCCCGACAUGCAGCGAGUGGAGUCGGAGAGCACGCUGCCCGGCGUCAUCAUUUCACAAAACUACCAGUACACUGAGUUCUUUUUGAAGCUCUACCAGCUGGGCAGUGACCUAGAACACGGCCGUCUGCGGGACAGCGCCAAGGUUCUGCUGCACUUGCUUCCCUGCGACCGACAAACUAUGCGCCAGCUCCAGUUAAUGUGCAAGAUACCCAAGGCGUCCGUUACGGUGCCAUUGGUGGGGGAAAAGAGUUCUAAGGACGAGGACGAGCAACUGAACUCAACUGAGCAGCCGGCGAAUGAAGCUGAAGAGGAAAACUGUACGCCGGAGCAGAUGUUCCUGCACCCGACACCCGCCCAAGUUCUGUACAAUCUGAGUGUGCUGCAUGGGCUGCUAAUCCCAGCGCUGGAUCCUCUAGGCGAAGGAGCUCUGCUCGUGCAGUCUGCGUGGAUGCACUCGGGCUGCGCUCAUUUCGUGCUGGAGCUGUUGACUAAAAACAAUUUCCUGCCCAGCGCCGAUAUGCACACAAAGCGUGCCUCCUUUCAGUGCGUGCUUCGGUUGGCGAAGCUAUUCCUGUACAUCGUGGGCAGUGUUCUGUCGCGCGUUGGCGAUGAGCCCAUGAUCUGCGACCUUGACAACGGAUCCCGCUCCCAGGUAGACAUCCUGAAGCAGAACUUCUCUGCAAUGCCGAACAGCUCGCAGGGCACUUUGCGGGCGAUAUCCGCGAAGCUCGCAGUGAUGCUGGCACGCGAAAUGCUCUCUGCCAGCCAGGAGGGCGAUCGCUGCCGCACGCUCUUUACCUCAACGCUGCAAUGGUCCUGUCCCGACAUUUCCACCAUAAAGGCGGUCGUGCAGCUGGCCUGGGCUUCGUCGUGCGGCAAUCUUCAAGCUCUGGGAAACAGCAGCGGUGAGUUUGAAGACGAAGUGAUCCAGCCCGACGGGCAGGAUUUUAGCAUGUGUAAGGAGGCACUAGAGGUGCUCACCAUCUCGUUCAUCCUGAACCCAAGUGCCAACGAGGCGUUGAGUAGCGAUGCUAACUGGCCCAAAUUCAUCACCUCCAUCGUGCUAAAGAACCCGCUUCGCCAUGUGCGGCAGGUGGCCUCGGAGCAGCUGUUCCUGGCUUCCACCUACUGCGCCAGCGACCGGCGGCCGUUCGUGUACAUGGUCAACCUGUUGGUUGGCGCGCUGAAAACACUAGUUCCCCAAUAUGAGGCCACCUGCGCCGAGUUCUUUUCGGUCCUAUGCCGCACGCUGUCUUAUGGAUGCAUCUACAACUGGCCGCUGCAAAUCAGCGAGGGACUGUUGGACGACGAGAUUAAGUGGCUCCAGCGCAUACGGGAAAAUGUCCGAGCUACCGGUGACACUCAGGUGCACGAGGAGCUUCUCGAGGGCCACCUGUGCCUGGCAAAGGAACUGAUGUUUUUCCUGGCCGCCGACUCAAAGGCGCAACUCAACGAGCUCAUCCACGAGCUCAUUGACGACUUUCUCUUCACGGCUUCGCGCGAAUUCCUGCAUUUACGGCGGCAUGGCAAUCUUCGGCAGGACACGGUUCCGCCACCGGUUUGCCGCAGCCCACACACUAUCGCCGCUGCCUGCGAUCUCCUCAUUGCCUUGUGCCAGCUCUGUGUUCCUAAUAUGAAGCUACUCACCAAUACACUCAUCGAUUUCGUCUGUACGGAUACGGAUCCGUUGCGCGAAUGGGACUAUCUGCCGCCGGUGGGCGCCAGACCAACCAAAGGUUUCUGCGGACUGAAAAACGCCGGGGCCACUUGCUACAUGAACUCGGUUUUGCAGCAGCUUUACAUGGUUCCGGCGGUUCGGGUGGGCAUCCUACGAGCCCACGGCGCGGCGACCACCGACGGUGAGGACUUCAGCGGUGACUCCGAUAUGACAGGCGGUGGUUUAGGACCGGCCCUUUUCUCGGGACCCGCCUCUGCCCUAGUCACAUUUUCCUCGUCAUCGGGCGCUGUCGAGGAUGGGACGCAGGAUGUGCGAAAGAACUAUCACGUGGUGAUUCUCAAGCACGUUCAGGCCAUUUUUGCCCACUUGGGCCACAGUGCUCUGCAGUUCUACGUGCCCCGCGGUCUGUGGACGCAUUUUAAGCUGCAAGGUGAGCCUGUAAAUCUCCGCGAGCAACAAGAUGCGGUGGAGUUCUUCAUGUCCCUGUUCGAGAGCCUUGACGAGGGUCUGAAGGCGCUUGGCCAGCCGCAACUGAUGAAUGCGACGCUGGGAGGCUCGUUCAGCGACCAGAAGAUCUGCCAAGAGUGCCCCCAUCGCUACUCCAAAGAGGAACCAUUUAGUGUAUUUAGUGUCGAUAUUAGGAAUCAUAGCUCAUUAACCGAAUCUCUGGAGCAGUAUGUUAAAGGAGAACUGCUCGAGGGAGCCGAUGCAUACCAUUGUGAUAAAUGUGAUAAAAAAGUAGUUACCGUUAAGCGGCUAUGUGUGAAGAAGCUGCCACCCGUGUUAGCCAUACAACUGAAGCGCUUCGAAUACGACUACGAACGCGUCUGUGCGAUUAAAUUUAAUGAUUAUUUUGAAUUUCCGCGAAUCCUGGAUAUGGAGCCUUACACAGUUUCUGGCCUAGCAAAGCUAGAGGGCGAGGUGGUGGAGGUGGGUGAUAAUUGUCAAGCAAACGUUGAGACGACAAAGUACGAACUAACCGGAAUUGUGGUGCACAGUGGCCAGGCUUCCGGAGGGCACUAUUUUAGCUACAUACUCUCCAAAAACCCAGCGAACGGAAAGUGCCAGUGGUAUAAGUUUGACGACGGCGAGGUCACUGAGUGCAAAAUGCACGAAGAUGAGGAAAUGAAGGCGCAGUGCUUCGGUGGCGACUACAUGGGCGAGAUCUACGACAACAAUUUAAAACGCAUGCAGUACCGCCGGCAGAAGCGCUGGUGGAACGCCUACAUGUUGUUCUACACCCGUUGCGACCAAAGUCCCGAGCAAUAUGAGCCCAGUGUCGAGCAGUUGUCCCUUACAGAAAGCCGAAAUUUCGUUUUGCCGCUGCCAAAGCCUAUCGAACGCAGUGUGCGACACCAAAACAUUCGGUUUCUUCACUCCCGAAGCAUUUUCUCUGUGGAGUUUUUCAACUUCAUUAAAAAGCUAGUCAGCUGCAAUAUUCCCUCAACGCGGAGUGAUAAGAUCACUCCUGCGGCCGAGGAGCUUUCGCUGCUGGGCGUGCAAUUGGCAUCGCAGUUCCUGUUCCACACCGGUUUCCGCACAAAGAAGUCGCUACGCGGACCCGUCAUUGACUGGUACGACGCGCUCUCACAUCACAUACGUUCCUCGGCAUUGGUUCGCAAGUGGUUCGCAAACCAUGCGCUCCUCUCGCCGCCUUCCCGCUUGGGGGAGUACAUCUUAAUGGCUCCGUCGCCGGAAGUGCGUACAGUCUUCGUCAAACUGGUGGUUUUCUUUUGCCACUUUGCCAUUAACGAUGAACCACUUACUGGCUAUGACGGUGCCAAUCUCUGCGAACAGGUGCUCAUCAGCGUACUGCGCCUGCUGAAAUCCGAGGCAGCCGACUAUGGCAAACACCUGCCCCACUAUUUUAGCCUGUUCAGUAUGUAUGUGGGUCUGGGAACACGCGAAAAGCAGCAGCUGCUAAGGCUUAAUGUGCCGCUUCAGUUUAUCCAAGUGGCGUUAGACGACGGCCUUGGUCCGGCUAUUAAGUAUCAGUAUCCGGAGUUCAGCAAGCUUCACCAGGUGGUUUCGCAUCUGGUGCGCUGCAGCGAUGUCAGCGAAAAGUGCCAGAGCUCCAACCAAAACGCCCGUCCACUGCCCAAUCCGUUCAAGGAUGCCUCUGUGGCGCACGAGGAGCUUACCCCGCUAAGCACUGAGUGUAUGGAUUUGCUUUUUAAUCGCACGGCCUACAUCAAAAAGGUAAUCGAGGAUACCAACGUGGGCGACGAGGGGCUCAAGUUGCUUCAGUACUGCAGCUGGGAGAAUCCGCACUUUUCGCGUGCCGUGCUGACCGAACUUCUGUGGCAAUGCGGAUUCGCCUAUUGCCACGACAUGCGGCACCAUACGGAUCUGCUGCUAAACAUCUUGUUGAUCGGCGAUUCCUGGCAGCACCACCGCAUCCACAAUGCGCUCAACGGAGUGGCGGAGGAGCGCGAAGGCCUGCUGGAUACCAUUCAGCGGGCGAAGACUCACUACCAGAAGCGAGCGUACCAGAUUAUUAAGUGUCUUACGCAGUUGUUCCACAAGUCGCCGAUCGCACUGCAGAUGCUUAACACAAACCCGGCCAUUAGUCGGCAAUGGAGCAUUGCCGUAGAGUGGCUGCAGGACGAGCUAGAACGGCAGAGGGGCAUCGGUUGCCAGUACAACUCGUACUCGUGGUCGCCGCCAGCGCAGAGCAAUGACAACACUAACGGCUACAUGCUGGAACGGUCGCAGUCGGCCAAGAACACGUGGACUAUGGCCUACGAGCUCUGCCCGGAUGAGGUCAGCGAGAAAACGGAACAGGACGAGAACAACGAGUCUGAUUUGGAGUCGAACCUCGACGAAAACAAGACGGAACAGACGGCACAGCCGGUAGCGGCGCAGGAGGCUAUUUCCGGAGGAACCGAGCAGCCGCUGGAAAGCAAGACGCCCACCACAAACAGUCCAUCUACGGGCGCCUGGCCGGCACGUGUGGAUAGCAAUUCCAUUCCCCGGCUCUCGCGUCAGCUCUUCGGAGCGUAUACGACGCCGAGCGGUGGCAUGACCAUCGCAUCCACCGCACCCACACUAUCCACGACAGCGACGGCGGGCAGCGGGGCCAACAGCGAGACGGAGAGCAGUGCUCAGGAGACCACCGGCGAGUCGAAUAUCAACGGGCUGACAAACAGCCUCGACCAAAUGGAGCUAACGGCCAAAAAGAAGUAUCGCAGGGUGAUGAGAAGAAAACUAGGGGGAAGUAAGGACGAGGAGGACGCGACGGUGGAGACCUCGGAGGCGACGAUUUCGCCAGCGACAACUACUGAGACGGCAGAAACUUCGACACCAGCCAUUACAACGGAAACGGAAACGGGGUCGGGAUCGGGACAGCUCCCGGCAAGGAUAGAGAAAAACUUAAUCUAAAACCCGGAGGAAACCACAAUCGAAAAGUUAUAUGCAAUAAAUUGUAAUCGCAACCUAACGAGAGCAGCAACUUAUGAGGAGCAUCCAUAGCGUUAAGUAAACCAAAGCAGCCAGGCAAUGAGAGCGGUGUGGACAGCAGGUGUUUAGCUAGUGGGGCUCCUGCCGUCGAAAAGAGACUUAAUGGGUUAAUAUGCGCAGUAGAGAAAAACCGUAGAUAUUAACAAAUAAAACGAUGCGAGUCAAGGAUCGAGAGCCUGUGUGCGAGAUAAGUCCCACGGUAUGUACCAGAGAAGGUGUUUAGUAGUUAUCGAACUUUAUAAUUACCUUAACAGAGACACAGAUACAGACACCUUAAACAAAAACACCCAUCACACCACACACAAAACGAACACAAACAAAGAAACACACUCAUAAUUACUAAGAAGCGUUAAGUUGCACGUUUACAGUACCAUAUAAUUGUAUUUAUAUAGUAUAUAAAUGAUGUAUUACGUAUUGAAGCCGAGCAACAUUAACUAAUACUAACCGAAUUAAAAAGAAAUCAAAACGAAUGGAAGCAUAUAGAUACGAUACUAGAAAACCUAAUGGAAACAAUUCGGCUGAAUGUAAGAAUUAGGGCAAGAUACCAAAUUGCAUCUUCAGUACUCAGUACUCGCCUCUGAAACUGUUUCCAUUAUAAUACUUCAACAGCGUAAACCAAGUUAAUGGGAUGCUAAAUCAAAACAAAACAGUAUAAACUCAAGAACAGAAUGGACUAAGGCAACACGAGCAUAAAGAAAACUUGAUUAUGGUUAUACUAAGUAUAUAUAUAUAUAUUUUAAAUGAUUAGUGUUUGGUAUUAAGUGAAAUUUGUUAAACAUUUAUUAAAUUAUUAUGUUUUAAGUUGCGAAAUAAAAGCGAAAUGUAAGCAAA